ACAGAAAAAAUGUCUAAAGUGUUGCUUUGUGUAGCUAUUGUUGUGGCUUUAGCCAUUAUUAUUCAGGAUUUUGAAACCGUACAUGCGGUUCCUGCUGCUAGAGCUGGAUUUUUCAAAGACGUUGCAAGCACAGCUAGCAAGACUGUCAGUAAAAAACCGUCGAAAGGAGAGAAGAGUGAGGAGUCGUCUUGGGUAGGAUACCUUACAGAUGAUUUCCAUGUUGAAGAGGAUGGAGAUGAGGAUCAUGAGGAGGAUGAUGAGGAUGAGGAAGAACCCGAAGAUGAGGACUAAACCAAUAACUAGACUACUAGUGUAUUAUCCACAAUUAAAAAAAAAAACACAUAAUGCUUCAAUGUGUUUUAACAGCACUUUUGGGAAAAUGGUAAUUUUUCACAUCACAAAUUACGAUAUUUUAAAUAAAACUUUUAUUUAAAAUGUUAACAUUUUAUUUCAUUCCCUACAGAUCGGAAACACUCUUAAUUGUUAUUAAAUUGCUGCUAAUCUUUGUCACUAAAUUUCUUAAACUACCUUAUGUAAUUUGGAAAAUAAAUUGAUUUCUUUUACUUUGUA